UUUAAAAGUUUUUAACGAUUUGUCUCUCCCGAAUAAGAAUUUUAAGUGAAAAAAAAUCUACAAAAACAAAUCCACUCUUUUAUUUCCACUAAUAUCAAAUCGGAGAAUAUUGUUCCCUUCCCACCAUUCUUAUCUCAUUGGCGUCAUUCGAUUUUUUUCUAAUGAUUUUUUAUUUAAAAAAGCCCUUUUUAAUCUUAUAAUUUAAUUUUUCCGAUAUUGGCGUCUCUCUUGAAGCUUUCCCAAAUCUGUUUUUCAGACUCAGAUGUAUCCUUCUCUUGACGAUGACUUCGUCGCCGAUUUGUUUUGCUUCGAUCAAAGCAAUGGAGCAGAACUCGAUGAUUACACACAAUUUGGUGUAAAUUUACAGCCUGAUCAAGUAGACACCUUCCCAGAUUUCGGGUCAUACGGUGUAAAUCUGCAGCAAGAACCAGAAGAAAUCUUCACCGUUGAAUCUCAAUUGGAUUUGGCUUCGUUUAGUGGAGUUUUGCAACAAGAACAAGAGCAAGUGCGUGUCGUUGAAGGGCAACAAAAUGAUUGUGGAAUUGUUCAGGAAGAAGAAGUAGAUAUCAACUCUGGAUCAUCUGGUGGACCUGUUAAGCAAGAACAAGAACAUUUAGAUGACGAUUGCUCAAGAAAGCGAAGAAGGACUGGUUCGUGUGUCAGGCCAGGAGGAAGCAAAGCCUGUCGUGAAAGAUUGAGGAGGGAGAAGCUUAAUGAGAGGUUCAUGGAUUUGAGCUCGGUUUUGGAGCCUGGGAGGAGUCCAAAGACCGAUAAACCAGCUAUACUCGAUGACGCGAUACGUGUCUUGAAUCAGCUUAGAGAUGAAGCUCACGAGCUUGAAGAAACUAACCAGAAGCUUUUAGACGAGAUCAAGAGUCUCAAGGCGGAGAAGAACGAGCUGAGGGAAGAGAAGCUAGCGUUGAAGGCAGAGAAGGAGAAGACAGAACAGCAGCUAAAGGCUGUAAUGGUUCCAUCUUCAGGGUUCAUGCCACAGAUUCAAGCUGCUGCGUUUAGUCAGAACAAGAUGGCUGUUUAUCCGAGCUAUGGUUACAUGCCAAUGUGGCAUUACUUGCCUCAAUCGGUUCGUGAUACGUCUCGUGAUCAAGAACUCAGGCCUCCUGCUGCUUAAAAACUCUGAAUUUGUUUUAGAGAGAAACUUAGAGAGAUGAUCUGUUUCACUUGGUUCUUAUAGGAUUCUUCCGUUUGGCAAGUGUAUAAGCUUUUAACUCUUGAUUGCAUCAUUUUCAAUAAAAUCAUAUAUAUAUAAUAUAAGUCAAGACUUCUUGAUUCUUGUAGAUUUUAUGCAAAUAGAGAGUUUGACUUGUGUGUUCUGAAAA